AGGCAUCAUGAAAGCUCGUCUAAAGACUCUUCAUGCGGCUCUUGCCUGGCUUCUUUGCUUUGUUUUUACUCCAACGUGGGGAUUUUCAAACGCGCAGAAAUCGAAUGGAAUUCCCGAAGGCGCUGCGUCUCUCGUGUUUGUGUUCGACACAACAGGGAGCAUGUAUGAUGACCUGAUUCAAGUGCGCGCUGGAGCAGCGAAAAUUCUAGCUACAACGUUGGAAAGGAAAACGAAGCCUUUGUAUAACUAUGUGUUGAUCCCUUUCCACGACCCAGCCUUUAUAUCAACAGAUGUGGGUCCUGCAAUAGUGACGACAAGCCCUGAGAAGUUUCAGGAACAGCUAGACAACCUGUCUGUUCAGGGUGGAGGAGACUGUCCAGAAAUGUCUUUGAAUGCAAUCAUCCUAGCACUGGAGAUAAGCUUGCCUGGUUCUUUUAUAUAUGUCUUCACAGAUGCAAAUGCAAAGGACUUUGAUCAAGUUCAAAAGGUUCUAAAGUUGAUCCAGCAAAAGAAAAGCCAAGUGUUAUUCCUCAUAACAGGAGACUGUGGCAAUCAGACUAUCUUGACAAGUUCAACAGCUUAUGAACUGAUCUCUGCUGCCAGUUCCGGCCAGGUGUUUUACUUGAAGAAGAAAGAUGUUAACCAGGUUUUGAAAUUUGUGGAGCUGUCAGUGCAAGCUAACAGGGUGAACCUCAUUUCAGUGGACAGCGAAGAUGCUACAAACAAGACUUACGUAAAUAUUCCAGUGGACAAUGCUUUAGAGGAAUUAUCCAUCUCUCUAAGUGGAGAUAAUUUGGUCCUGGAGCUUUAUCAUCCCAAUGGGAGUCUCUUCACAGAGGAACAAGGACUUGAGAAGCUAUUGAAUCUAAAGGGAGCAAAAAUAGUCUCUGUGCAGAAACCUACCCCAGGUGUAUGGAGAUUGAUGAUGAGCAGUAAUGGGAGUCACACCCUAAGAGUCACUGGUUUUAGUCCUGUGUCUUUCACAAGUGGCUUUGGGUUGCAUCCAGUCAAGAACCAGGAUGAGGCUAUGCCAAGACCAGUUGCUGGUUUUAGAAACUUUGUCCUGAUUAAAGUACACGGCCUUCAACCUCCUAGUGCACCUGAAAGAGUACAGCUUCUGGACUUACAGGGUCAUUUGAUUGGAGAAGUACCAUUUAGACCUCGCAUCACCGACAAGUUUGCAUUUGACUGGCUCAAUUUUGAACCACCCACAGGACUAUUUUAUGUGCGCCUAGUUGGUGUAGAUGAUGAGUACAAUGUUUUCUACAGGAUGAGUCAAACUGCUCUUAGUGCAUUGUUGCCAGAAUCCCCCACAGUCACUGCUCCAGCUACUGUUGAGGUCCUCUCUGGCUCCAGGGUAGCACUUUGGUGCACAGUGCAGACAGUGGCACCAGCAAAGGUACAGUGGAUCAUGGACAGGAGAACUCUUGGACCUGUCGUGACACGUAUAGGAACAGCUAAUGUCACUCACAUCAUCCCUUCAGUCACCAACAAGGAUCAAGGUCCAUACUCGUGUUUUGCCAGUAAUGCUGGAGGGACAGCCACUGCUAUAACUACAAUCGUUGUCAAAGUUCCACGCUCAGUAGUCAUCGAUCAGGAAUACACAAACUUGACUCUUGUUACUGGGGACGCUGUUCUUCUUAACUGUGUACCAGACGGUGACAUUCCCUUCAAGGUUGUGUGGCUAAAGGAAGACAAGCAACUGACUCCGCAGGCAAAUGAUUCCUUGUUGCUUCAUAUUCGAAGCAGGAAGGAUGGUGGGAGAUAUGAGUGUGUUGCUACUAGCAAACAAGGAGAAGAGGUUUUGGCCGUGGAUGUGAUUGUCUUUGAACAGCCAUCUGCUACAAUCAAUCCCCCAAUUGUGACCUAUCAAAUCGGAAACAAUGUUUCCAUCAAAUGUCAGAUGAAUGGGUUCCCAUUUCCUUCUCUGAUGUGGUAUAAAGACAGUCUUCAACUGGAGUCAAGUGAAAGGAUCAGCACAGACAACGACGGUGUGCUGGUUAUCAGAAAUGCGCAACUGUUAGAUGCUGGAGAGUACGAGUGUGCUGUGUGGAACAUUGCAGGACAGAGCCAGGCCACAGUCACGCUACUUUACACUGUACCACCGUCAGUGUAUGUUGACCAGAAGGAGGUGACCGCUAACGCUGGUGAGACCAUCACAAUCCGAUGUACAGCAACUGGUACGCCGAGGGCACAGAUCACGUGGUAUCAGGGACAAAACAAAAUGAUUGCCAACCGGAGAAUCGCCGUCAGUAGCCAGGGACAUCUGGUUAUCAAUGCAAUCGAGUUAAAAGACGCUGGAUAUUACACAUGUCUGGGUAACAAUAGCGCUGGCCAAGACUCCGUUACUAUUACUGUUAAUGUGCAAAUCCCUCCACGUGUGACGGUAGACAAUGAUGAGAUUCCUGUGAUACUGGGCGAGACACUUGUGUUACGUUGUGCAGCAGUUGGAGUUCCUAUCCCGACCAUCACAUGGAUGAAGAACAACAGACCCCUGCAGACUAGUGACAGGAUCACCAUCAGUUAUGACGGAGGAGAGUUGGUUAUAACGGAUGCUAUUCCACAGGACGUAGGAGACUAUCAGUGUGCUGGGAGAAGUCCGGCCGGAACUGCCACGGCAGUGAUUAUGCUCUGGGGUGAAGGAGUUCCUCCCACGAUAACGAGGCGUCCUUCAGAGAAACAUGUCACGUUUGGUGGAAAUGUAACCUUUACGUGUCGUGCCGAGGGAGUACCAGAACCUCGAAUCACAUGGUACAAUACCUUGGGGAUUGCGGCUGACACAGACCCCCGUGCUACAGUGUUGCCCUCUGGUGACCUGUUCAUACAGAGCAUAGAAAUAAAGGAUGCUGGGAGAUAUGACUGUGUGGCAGAGAACAGUCUGGGGAGAGAUACAGCCCAGGUCACUCUCAUUCUAACAGGCCUUACUCCACCAGUAAUUAUCAAACCAGAGAAAACCACCAUCAUUGGUGACAGAAAUGGAACAGUUGAGCUAGAGUGUCCAGCCAUUGGUAACCCCAAACCUACCAUCACAUGGCAUAAGAAUCGUCGGUCGAUUGCUAUUGACGGCACCAAGUUUAGACAGAAGAAUACAGGGGCGUUGGUGAUAAGCUCAUUGUUGCGGCUAGAUUCUGGGACAUACUUGUGCAUUGCAAAGAACCCCACUGGACAAGAUUUUCUCAUCCUCACCCUCUACGUGUACAAUUCUCCUGAAAUUAUCAAGCCACCACCAAACAUGACUGUAGACGUCGGCGAUUCCAUCUUGAUGGAAUGUGUAGCGAGAGGAUAUCCUGUUCCACGCAUUCGUUGGUUUCUAAACGACAAAGCUCUUCCUAACAAUGGUUCUGUUAUUGAAAUAGCCAAGCUAUCCCUUAACCAUACCGGUGUGUAUCUCUGCGUGGCUGAGAAUGUAGCUGGUAAUGCUACUGCUACAGCCACUCUUUCUGUCAUGGCUCCACCAGCGAUAUUUCAGUCCAGGUCGCCUAUAAAUGUAUUAUCAGGAAGUUGGACAGAAUUGCCAUGUAAUGUUAGUGGCAAUCCCAAGCCGACAGUUAGCUGGUUUCUACAUGACUUGCCGAUUGAUGAGAGUGAUCUUAAGUAUUUGAUUCUACCGUCCGGUAAUCUUCGUAUUUUUGGUGUGACGCCAUCGGACAGUGGGGUAUAUUCCUGUAUGGCGUCCAAUCCUCUUGGAGUAGCUCGGUGUCCUGUCGAGUUGUCGGUACAAGUUCCUCCUGAAAUUAUCAAAGAACCCCAAAACAUUUCCAUUGAUGAAGGAGACACUAUUAUCUUGGAAUGUGAGGCACUUGGGUUCCCUGUGCCUCAGAUCACGUGGUAUCUGAACGGCAGCGCCUUGUCAACUAAUAGUUCACUGGUGGAGAUAAUCGAAGCCAGGAAGUCAGAACACGAAGGUCUCUAUCGCUGUGAGGCUAAGAAUCCUGCUGGGAUUGUUACAGCCAGUGCUUUUGUUACCGUAAAAGGAAGGGACAAAAAUGUUGCCCAGAGAGGAAGGCCUGAGUUUGUGCUCACACCACAAGACACCGUAGUGGACGCAGGUUCAACCUUCCUCUGGGACUGCACAGCCAGAGGAACACCAACCCCUGUGUUGACUUGGGCAAAGGAUGGUGUAAAGUUUCAAUCUGAUAUCCCUGAGCAUAUUAAUAUCCUGUCCAAUAACAGUUUAGUAAUAACAAGAGUGAAACCAGAGGAUGCCGGACAAUAUCAGUGUCAUGCUAGGAAUGGAGUUGGUGCACACGUGGUACAGGCGACAUUGACAGUCAGAGUUAAUGGACGGUGGAGUGAAUGGUUAGAGUGGGGUGCCUGCAGUAGAUCGUGUGGAUCUGGGUCCCAGUAUAGAUUCAGGUCAUGUGACAAUCCUGUGCCAAGUAAUGGCGGGAAGCCGUGCUCUGGAAACAAUGUACAAUCACAGCUCUGUAAUGUACAAUCCUGCCCCGUUGACGGAGAUUGGUCUGACUGGACAGAGUGGACAUUGUGUUCACAGGUUUGUAAUGGCGGAGAACAAACACGAUACCGCGAGUGCAAUAACCCAGCUCCACUACAUGGUGGUAAAGACUGUCAGGGCAAUAAGAGAGAUUCAAGAACUUGUAACUUUUUUAAGUGUCCAGAUGGCGUUGAAGUAGGAAUUGGCCAAGUUCAUGGAACAGUCAAUAACGUGAUGCUACCAACCCUCUUUCUAUUGGCUAACUUCACUAAGACUCCAGCCAAUGACACGCAGGUGUCCUGUUCGGUCAGUGGCUUGCCUGGGCCAAUCAGGAACUGGCUUAAGUCUUUGUCAAUUCCACUAACCGCCCCAGUCUACUGGGCUACAGCGGGAGAGAAGCCUGGUGCUGAGAAUGGCCUCACCAUUACAAAAGGACGAUUUGUUUACAAAACGCGGGUGCUAUUUCAAUCUGGAGAAACCGUGUUCAUUGAACAUCGGGGACAAGGCAUAAAUGAAAAGGGUGUGUUUGUGCUGGAUGUCGACGUUAAAGGAGGCACGCCCAAGUUGCCUUCAAAUGCAGACGUAAAAUUCCCAGACUUUGAAGAGAUGUUUGUCAAGACGAGAGUGGGAGAAAUAAGCUCUUCAUCCCAACAAGUGAUGAGUGUGGGUGACAAAUCUUUUCCUUUCUCGUCUAACUCUACAAUAACAUACUCUCCUGACGAGAAGCAGCAGAGCAGGGUUCUAGCAGAGACGGUACAAGUCAGUGCAGUGGAUAUAAGCCACCCGUAUCAGAGUGAUACGCUUAUAAUUGAAAUGACUUCAUCUAUUCAAAGAGCGUCAUUGUCUGACUCGUGCCCUGGAGGUUUGGUAAAGCAUCCCUCAAGCCAGUAUUGUCAAGAUAUCAACGAGUGCGCUGCGGUUCCACAAGUCUGCUCUCAUUUUUGUGAGAACAUUUUUGGAUCGUUCCGUUGUUCUUGUUCCGCUGGUCACGUUCUCUCCUCGGACAACAAGACAUGCGCAGAUAUGGACGAGUGCAGCCUGGGGACAGGAUCAUGUCCGUCUGGACAGGAAUGUGUCAACACUCCUGGGGCAUACCGCUGCCGUGGUAAAUGUGCUGCUGGAUUUGUCAUGGCUGCGAAUGACACGUGUUUUGACGUUAAUGAAUGUGAGAUUGUGCUUUCAACGGGCUCCCUGCAACCUAACGAUCCAUGCUUGCACCAGUGUGAGAACUUAGUAGGGUCAUAUCGAUGCUACUGUAAGGACGGAUAUCAAUUAACAGGAGACCGGUGUGAAGAUAUUGAUGAGUGUGCCACCGGGGUGUGUGAUCAGGGCUGCGAGAACAAACAAGGGAGUUUCCGCUGUUUCUGUUUUCAAGGAUAUCGUUUCAUAUCGGAUAGUCGGUGUUUAGAUGUGGAUGAAUGUGCUGAAAACAACACUCUGUGUGGCAGUCUUCAGUGUGUCAACUUGCCUGGUAGCUUCCAGUGUUUAGGAAAGUGUGAUGUGGGCUUCAAAAGAACUAUGGAUGACAAAGAAUGUGUAGAUAUAAAUGAGUGCAUUGAAGGUCAACAUAACUGCAAAUCCAACCAGAUGUGUAUGAAUACGUACGGGAGCUUCUACUGUGUCUGCCCCAGGGGUUACUCGGCCAAGACACCCCAGUCCCCUUGUAAAGACGUGGAUGAGUGUGAGCAGUUCCAAGGAAUCUGCGAGUUUCAGUGUAUCAAUACUAUCGGCAGCUUUAAGUGUACCUGCCCAGGCGGAGGAGUACUCAACGCUGAUCAGCGCACGUGCUCAGGUGUGGACGGUUGCGCCCUUGAAAACUUAAAAUGUGAACAGCAAUGCGACUUUUCAGCGCAGGGGUAUAGAUGUUCGUGUUCGCGUGGAUACCGAUUAGCUGACAAUAAGCAGGAUUGUGUAGAUUUGGAUGAGUGUUCAUCUAACAGCACCAACUCGUGCCAGUACGCUUGUAUAAACACACUUGGUAGUUACAAAUGUGACUGUCCCGUUGGAUAUUACCUCAGCGCUGACGGCAAGAAAUGUCAAGAUAUCGAUGAAUGUGCCCUGAUGGGUGGACCGUGCAGUCAGAAUCAGUGUUAUAACACGAGAGGUAGUUAUCAAUGCCUCCCGUCCUCGUGUCCUCAGCAGUAUAAUCAGGUCGGGGGAGGGUUCUGCGUAAACCAGUGCUCGGCGCCAGGCUACUGCGCGGCUCAAGCAACCCGUCAAGAAGUUUUUACGCUACCGCUUGGAUUUCCCGCCAAUACCGACAUCGCCCGCUUGAUCCCAUUUUUCCCGCCAUACAUGACCUCGCUUCAGUACUACUGCCAAUUUCAGUACAUGUUCUCGGUGCAACCUUCGCCGUUCGGUAUCAGAAUGCUUGCAAACGAGGCCAUGAUUUACAGUAAAGAAAAGCUGGAAAAGGCGGGAAUUCACCAGCUGCAGGUCACCGCGGAUUUGUAUUACAUGGAUGGAACGUUGGCUUGUAGGACUGUGUUUACAGUGUAUAUAGACGUCGCUAGGUUUAGCUUUUGAAUAAUUUGUGUUCCUCUACACUGGACUAAUAUAUAUAUCAAAGUAUUUUAUUAUUAGCCUUGCUAAGAUAUCAUUGUUAAGGUAAAGGGGGAUUGUACUGUGCAGUUUACGAAAGCCACGGCAUCCAUACUUCUUGUCUCAGUAACGCAUUAAAAAAACUUAGGGGAUUUUUUUUCGUUCUCUGUUCAUACUAGCAAGCGUGACUGGUUCACUGUCAAUUUGUCUUUCCACUGGGAUGUUGUAUAUGCUUUAUUUUAUCGGAGUAUUUAUAUUAUUAUUCGACAAGCCUUUAAUUUAACUGGCUUAAAACCUAUCCAUUAAUUGUUGCAACUGUCAACUCAUGAUUUUAAAUACCGAUACAAAUUACUUGAAAGCAUAUGUUUGUAGAUUUUCGUCCGUGUAUUCUGAGCAUUCACUGCUUAGUUCCCGUUUGAAAAUGUCCGACAACAAUUCCGAUUACUUCUCCAUGGACGUUUCCUGGGCCCGUUGUUUGCGGUUUACUCGACCAUGCAGUAAUAAUAAAAAAAAUAUCACAGGCAGAAGCUGUA